CAUUAAUUCAUUAUUAUCCCUGGGCAUUGUGGCCGUGGUCCGCACGUACAUGCUUGACCUUUCCAUUCUCACCAGCUACAUACUCCGUAUAUAAAUGUUCCCAUAUUAUUAUGUAUACUUGAUGCAUACAAAAUAUGUUUUCAGGUUAACCCACUUCUAAGUUAAUUUAUCUCCUGAUCUCCACAUUAUUGUUAAUUGUUAUUAAUUCUUUCAAUUAAGAUAUUAAUAACUAGCUUAAUGGGGGAUUUGCGAAAAGGCCGAAGCGUGGAGGAAGCAAAAAGAGAGCUAGAAGAGCUGUAUGUGGGCGUUCCAGAUGAAUCUGUCAACCUUAGCUUCAACCACCUUCUUGUUGCGGCGACAAAGGAGGAAGAGCGGCCGCAACAAGACGUGGUGGAGGUUGCACCGACGCGGCGGCCACCCUAUACUGCGGUGGAAAACGGCGGGGUUGUUAUGAAAAAGUCGGUGUCGUGCAAAAGCAGCUUCCGGCCGGGGACUCCUCAUACAAAUAGCUGCACUCUUUGUAGAACCUAUAUCUACUUUUUCCGGCACCGCUGUUUGGUACAUAAAUAUUGCUGGGCAGUUUGGGUUUUGCUGCAUGGGCUACCCAAGCACAGUGAAGCAACAAGAGCUUAAGUGGGCCGAAAUAGGGCCGAGUAUGGCACAAAUAGAUUAAUCCAACCAUUCCAGUGGGGGAGUACAUGAAAUGAAUUCCGAAUAAAAAGCUACAGAACUAAUGAAGACAAUUGUUGUAGGAUUAAAUUAAAUUGUAAUUACAAUGUGUUUUACAAUAUAUGAAUGUACAAAAUUGUUAGAGUCAUUGAGUUCAAAUAUACAUUUGCACAGCCUAUUAAUUAGUUAAACUACCACACGAACUUUAUUUACUUUUAUGAAGUCC